GCCUUCAAGAGGCGCGGCGGCAUCUUUACCCUCGCCAUGGUCCUCGGCUUGCUUAGCGAGAUAAUAGGGUACGCCGGACGCAUCAUAAGCUGGCAGAACCAGUGGAGCGAGAAUGGCUUCCUGAUGCAGAUCUGCUGCCUCACCAUUGGCCCGGCUUUCCUCGCUGCUGGCAUAUACUUGUGUAUUCGUAGGAUCGUGUUCGCUUUCGGACCUGAGAACUCGAGAAUCCCGCCUAAGUUUUACACGCGUAUUUUUAUUCCCUGUGACAUAGUCUCGCUAGUUCUCCAAGCCGCCGGCGGAGGCAUGGCCUCGGUCGCCUUCCACACCGGAAAAUCCACCGACACGGGUGACAACAUCAUGAUCGCCGGCCUCUCCUUCCAAGUCGUUACACUACUCGUUUUCAUGGUCCUCUCCCUCGACUUCUUCGUCAACACUACGCGCCGCCGGCGCGCUCUCGGAUCCGAAGCCGCCUUCUCGCAGGACCCGGAGAUAGUCGCCGUCAGGAAGUCGCUUAUGUUCAAGGGCUUCUUGAUAGCGCUAGCGUUAAGCACCAUUUGCAUAUUCUGGCGUAGUGUGUUCCGUGUGGCUGAGCUGAGCCGCGGGUGGACGGGUCCCCUGAUGGCACGACAAGAUUUGUUCAUCGGUUUCGAGGGCGUGUUGAUUACCAUCGCCGUCUGGGUUCUAAAUGUCUUCCACCCAGCCCUAAGCUUCGGUGCUUUGAUGGAUCGGAAAUUUGGAGACGGUGUCAAUACCGGCGACCGCAAGAAUGGCAACGAGAAGUUCGAGAUGACGACUGACGCAAAGCCGAUCACGGCUACGAGCUCGUCCGAUAUUGGUGAUGUUUAACGUGGUGCUUGAACUAAGUUGACGGAAGAGAUUUUACGUUAGCGGUGUCGCAUAGAUCUGUGGGAGUAUGGGAUGCAUACCUAGG